AACAAAACAUAUUUUACCGGUUGUUGUUAAGUUUAGUGAUUGAUGAUCAAAAAAGAAGAAGAUAUUAUUAAAUAAUUUAUGUAAACAUUUGGCAAACAUGUUGAGAAUUAUAAGAUUUCCAACUAUUUCUCGUUUUUAUUCAAUUAAACAUGAGGCCAAGGAACCAAUCAAAUAUACUACAACAAUUAAUUUGCCAAAAACAAAAUUUCCAGCACGUCUUAGCGCUGUAAAACGUCAGGAACUUGAAAAUAAACUGAUUUCUACAACAUUCGCUCAAACAUAUCAAUACCAGGAUGAGAAUCUUAAGGAACCAUCAUAUAUAUUGCACGAUGGUCCUCCGUAUGCAAAUGGUGACUUACACAUGGGUCAUGCUGUUAAUAAGAUUCUUAAGGAUAUUACAAUUAGACAUCAUGUGGUAAAAGGACAAAAGAUUCAUUAUGUUCCUGGUUGGGAUUGCCAUGGACUGCCAAUAGAACUUAAGGCUUUGGCCUCCACUGACGGCAAGAACAAUGAGAAAUCACCAAAUAUAAUAAGAUCGAAAUCAAGACAAUUUGCCUUGGAUGCUAUUGCCCGACAGAAGGAAGAAUUUCGUUCAUGGGGCAUUUUGUCUGAUUGGCAAAGGAGCGACCGGCUUUAUUUUACUUUUAAUCCAGAUUUUAUAUGCAAUCAAUUGCAUUUGUUUUUAGAUUUUUACAAAAAAGGUUUAGUAUAUCGUGAUUUGAAACCAGUGUAUUGGUCACCUUCAUCUAGAACUGCCUUAGCGGAAGCUGAACUUGAAUACGACCCAAAUUUUGUUAGUCCGUCGGUUUAUGUUCGUUUUGAAUUGAAAUCUUUACCUCCAUCCAUUAAACUUGUGGAGCAGCAAAAGCUGUUUGCUUUAAUAUGGACAACAACACCAUGGACAUUGCCAAGUAAUCAGGCAAUUUGUUUUAAUCCCAAUUUAGAAUAUGCUAUCGUUGAGUUAAAAACUGACACAAAAAACUUUGUGUCCACGGAUCUUUAUUUAAUUGCUACAAAUUUAAUUGUGGAUUUUGUAAAAAGCACAAAAAUUGAAUGCACAGUGAAGGAAACUAUAAAAGGAACUGAUUUGAUUCACUGUACUUAUCAGCAUCCUAUUUACGAAAAUGAAGAUUCAUUGCCUUUUCUUGAUGCUUCUCACGUACAAGACACUAAGGGCACAGGCCUAGUUCAUACUGCACCAGCUCAUGGUCCCGAUGAUUUUCUAAUAUGUUUAUCUAAAAAAAUUCCUGUGAAAUCUUUAGUAAACGAAGAAGGUAUUUACAACUCCGAUGCACCCAGUUAUUUAAAGGGAAAAAAUGUGCUUAAAGAAGGAAAUAAUUUGGUCUUGAAUAAUAUAAAAGAUGAUGUCCUAUUUUCGGAUACCUUUACUCAUAGUUAUCCGCUAGAUUGGCGUACUAAAGAACCGGUUAUAAUCAGAGCUAGUGAGCAAUGGUUUAUAAAUACAUCGGAGCUUAAGGAAAAGGCUGUUAAAGAGAUUGAAAAAAUUGAAAUAUAUCCUCGUGUUAAUGCCGAAGCGAGUAAAAAUGCUUUAAGGACACAAGUUAUGAAACGUCCUUAUUGGUGUAUAUCAAGACAAAGAUCCUGGGGUGUACCAAUACCAGUAUUUUACCAUAAAAAGACGGGAAAAGUGAUAUGUGAUGAAACAAUUUUGAGCCAUAUUUGUAAUUUGGUUACCAAAGAAGGUAAUAUAGAUUUUUGGUGGUCAAUGUCUGUGGAAGAACUUUUACCUUGUGAUCGUUUAAAAAAUUUAAAUAUAAACAUUAGUGAGGUGGACAAAGGUAUGGAUAUCUUCGAUAUUUGGUUUGAUUCCGGUAGUACGUGGUCCCACGUCUUAAAAGACCAACAAAUUGCAGAUUUGUAUUUAGAAGGAUAUGAUCAAUUUACUGGUUGGUUUCAAUCUUCCCUACUAACUAGUGUUGGUGCUAGAGACUGUUCACCAUAUAAGGCACUUUUUGUACAUGGGUUCACAGUAGAUGAAAAAGGUCACAAAAUGUCAAAAUCUCUAGGGAAUGUUAUUUCACCUACAGAUAUUCGGAAAACCUAUGGUGUUGAUGUUUUAAGAUGGUGGGUGGCCUCGCAUGGUACACAACAUAUGGCCAUUACAGUCAGCGAUAAAUUGCUGCAACAAUCUGCAGAAAACCUUAGUAAAAUUCGGUCUACUUUACGCUAUCUAAAUGGUGCAAUUGGUGAACGUACCAAUAACAGGUAUAGCAAAGCUACUGACAAACAAAUCUAUCUAAACCGUUAUUUACUAAAUAAAUUAUACGAUUUUGAAAAAGAGAUUUUUACGUUGUAUGAUUGUUAUGAAUAUAAUCGCGUUGUGGCGAGUGUACAAAAUUUCGUUACUAAUCAAAUAUCUGCCAUAUACGUUCAUUUGAUCAAAGACCGUUUGUACUGUGGUACACCAGCUGAAAUUGCAGACAUACGUGAUACGUUAGAGAAAUGCUACACUGUGUUGAGCAAAGCAUUGUGGCCCAUAGCACCAUUUUUAGUGGAGGAAAGUUGGAGUUAUUAUGAUCCCACAACGCCUUUCUAUCAGCAGCAAAUUACAACUGAUAGCAGUUGGAAAACCCCAUUAGUAGAAGAUGUAGUCGAUACUGCCUUACAUGUAAAACGUUUGAUAAAUCAAAAAGCUAGUGAGAAAAAUUCCUGGCUUUUGAAUGUCACAGUUAAAUGCAAUGAAAAUAACGUUGAACUAUUAAAACAUUUGCAGCCAAUAACUGAACAACCCACAAUUGAUUCUGAAUUAUGUGAAAUAUUACAAGUUGGUUCAGCAACUCUACGAAAAAGUAAGGACGUUACAUCUGAGUUUGUGGUAGAUAUCGAUAAAAUUGAAGCUACAUUAUGUCCCCGUUGUCGACGUCAUGCCGUUUUACAAGAAGGCACCAUUUGUCAUCGUUGCAAUAAAGUUUUAGAGUUACAAAUAUAAAUUGUUGAUUAUUUAUUAAAAAAAGAUAAAUUAAUUGUUGUACUUGUCAUAAUUAAUGGAAGUUGUUAAAAUUAAAAGCUUUGUAAGCAUUUUAACAGA